AUGAACUCAUCUAUAUUGCAUAGUAUUAAUAAUGGAUUGUGUUCAACUAAAAUUAAAGAUCAUAACAAUGCUAUUGAUGAAUUAAUUUCUAUAUUAAAACAGAAUCCUGGAAUUGUAGAGGGAAAGAUUUUAACUGAGAUUAACGUUUCCCUAGUUCAGCUGUUGGCGGCUGAACAUCAUGGUCAUUGUACUCUAUUGGAAUCCCAAACUGAAACUAGUCAAAGUAAGUUAACUACAAGUGAAAAUAGAUUAUCCUCCGUUUCAUAUGCAUUAAGAUUGCUUAUAGAGAAGACAUCUUCUAAACUUAAGCUAAAAUCUUUGAGGCUGUUGUUAUUCACUUUGCCUAAAUUAAUGUUACAAAAAGGUACAAAAUCUCUAUUAGAUGCAGUAUCUGUGCAUUUAUCAUAUGGAUUAUUAGCACUUGUAAGAAGUGAGCCAUUUCAAUUGAAGUUUAUGCAAGAUGAGUGGGUAGAAGUGGUGAAUAUACUCUGUUCGUAUAUUGAUGAAAGGGUCAAGAAAUCUAAUAUUAAUGACAGAAACGUAACAAAUUUUUUAUUAGUAUUAGAUACAUUGGUAUCCAUGGACACCACUGGUCUUGAACAUGUAUCUGUUGAUUUAAAUAAAACAAUUAUUAAUUAUUUGGAAAAAUGUUCAGAAGAAAAUGCAAUUACUAUUAUUUUAAUUAAGCUAAUAAAUCAAUUGGUAGUAAGGACACACUGUAUGAAUAUAAAUGCCACAUUAACUCUCAUAUCAGAAACAUGGAGAUAUUAUAUUAGAAUCGGCUCGCUUAAUAAUGAAGAUACACAAUUAGAGUUUAACUUUUUUGAUUUCAUGUCAUCCAACUUGGUACACAAUGAACUGCCAGUAAUGAUAGGAAAUGACGAGAAUCAAAAGAAUGUUAUCUAUGGAAUAUUAAAGGAAUAUAUCAUAUUGCGUUCUGUAAGAUAUAAAGCCAAUUCACUUCUAUUGUCACAAAUAGAUUUGUCCGAAAACGUUGUCUUGAAUCCCUCAUUAUUUGCAAUAGGAAACAUAAGAUUAAAAAGAAAUGGAGAUAUUGUGCCAUGGGUAGAACUUUUAAGUCUGACAAAAGUUUUAAUUACCUUCUUUAAACUGAAAUUAUUAGAAGAAGAUAAUGGACUGUUAUUUAAGAAAAGAAAACUGGAACCCAGUAUAACAUCAUAUUUACUAAAUUCCACAAACAUAGAAUCCUUUAUAUUACAACUCAUUGCAUCUGAGAGCAACGAUAUACAACUCAUUGGUCUUCAAAUAUCUGUCUUUUUCCUUUCUGUUGAAGAUUCAGAAAAGGGUUUCUUAAAUGAAAUGACAGCAAAAGUUAUAAAGAAAUUUGAAAAUAAUGAACUGAUCGGUUGGGCAAGCUUGGUAUUGACGUGUAUUUUAUCACAAUAUCACCACACUCUAACCGAUCUGGAUGUGACAAAAAUUUUAAAAGUUUCCAUUCCAUUAAUAAAAAUUGAUGAGUUUUGUUCCAUUGCAUGUCUGCUAGUCGCUUUUUGUAUAAAAUACUCAGCCUUUUCUGUCACUGAUCAAAGUGUGUCAGCCCAAAUCCAAGAUGUGUACGAACUAUCAGACAUCAAUGGACCAGUUCAGAUAAACAAUAUAACAUUUAUUUUUUGGACAUACUUUGAACAAUAUGGUAAAAGACUUCAAACUUAUGGAUACUCAUUGAAGCGGGUUCUUGAAUGGUUAAAUUCGAAGUGGGAGCAGUUAAAUGAGCUACAUGAGGAAAACUCUAAAAUAUCUGACUUUGUCGGAUGGAUAUGUGGACAAAAUUCCAGCCGUUCAAUAAAUUUCUUUUCAGACAGUGCCAUGACAACCCUAAAGGUGGCACACUGGAAUAGGUUAACUUACAUCUGGGAUACAUUGUCAAUUCAAAGACGUCAUCUCAUAGCCUUGAAGGAUGUACCUAGGAAAAAAAAAUUACCCCUGCAGAUGCCUCAUCCUAAUCAAUUUUCGGUUAAUAAAACUAAUGUGGUAAAUGAUUUUUUAAAUCGUUUCAUUGAUCAGGUAGAAUCAAAUAAAAAUACAGACCUUGAUAGGUAUCAAUGGAUUUUUCAAUGUACUCUUUAUAUUUCAUGUUUCAUAAAUGAGGUAAUAUUUGCAGAUCUCGUCCCAGUCCUUACAUCAACCAUAAUUUCGGUACUCCCGAGUCUAAAACUUACGAGUGAUAGUCACUACUGUAUUAUAUUUAAAGGGAUACUAACAUCAAAUUGUUUGUCCCAUGAAUAUCAACUGUUACCAAGUUCCGAAGUUAUAAAACUUUUAGAUGACUACAAGAUGCAUUUAAAGCGGAAUAAGAAAACCAAUUCCAACGUUAUUUAUGAAUUGCAAUAUAUGUACAUUGAAAAUGAAAUAAAUGAUGACAUAUUAUCAAAUGAACAUGUUUUAAAGCGCUAUGACAGUGAUACCCUUAUAUUAUCUUUUCAGGUACUUUUACGUUGUGCUGAUAUUUCAAAUAAUGGAACCCGACGGGAAUUCUUAUUAUAUUUGAUAGAAUAUUUGGCAGAAUUGUCAAAUAAUGAGUUAAUUAACGUUCUCAACUCUAUAUUAUUAUCACUUUCAAAAUAUCUAGUUGAAAAUAUGGAUAUCCUAGAAAAAUUAAUAGAUAUAAUAGCCAAUAAUUUGCUGAAUGACAAAUAUGGAAAUACUUCAUCUUCAGUUUAUUUGCUGUGUGAAUUUUUAGAUUCAUGCCGCCAGAUAUGGUUAAGUAAAAGGAACACCAAAGUGACAGAAGAUUGUAAUGAUUUUUUUGAUUUCUUAUUCCAAACAUUCGACAGUAAUACAUUUAGUGGGACUUUCUCUAUUAUAAAAUAUUCAAAUUUUUUAUUAAAUUUACUACUCUAUGGGAAUUAUACGGCAGGUGAAGUAUUACACGGUCGUAGAAAACAAAUCUUUAAAACAAUGAUGGAUUGUCUAAAGCGUGUUAAUGACGCCCUUGUAACUAAAAUGGUCCCAAACUUAUCAAGAUAUAUAUCUGGAAUAAGACCUGAAAACCAGGCGAUUGCUCUUAUUGAAUUAUUAGAGUUAUAUGAACAGCCCCAACAAAGUUUAGAAAAGUCUGCGUUUUUUUCAUUGUCUAUCGAACUUUUAUCGAUGUAUUCAUUUUCCAAUUUAUUAUUUGGCAUUCAGAGAAUGCAGGUAUGUGCUACAUACCCCCACACAAGAAAAUAUAUUAAAUUUGCCUUAAUAAAUAUCUCACAAAGGUAUAACUUAUCUGAUUUGAAUUCAUUAUUUGCGAUGUGUAAAUUCGAAAUAUUGAAUUUAUGGAUUUCCAAAAUGCCUUCAGCAUCAAAUUUUUCGGAUUUUGAUAUUGAAUUAUUUGAUUUCGAUGACAUUAAACAUUUCCUGAACUUAUACCAAACAGAAAUCGGUGCAAUUAUUUACUCUGAUUCAAAGGAUUAUCAAAAAUUAAAAGAAAAUUUGAUUUUGGUGACAAAUACCAGUGAGCGUUCAUUAAUGACAAAAUGUAUUAAUUGCGCUAUUGCUUUGUCUUAUGUUGAAGGAAAUAUUCAAGGGCAAAUCCAUAAAUUAGUUUAUGAUAUUUUACCACAAUCAUUCAGCAAGACAUUGAAAUCUCAGUACUUCAUUAGGUUAAGAUGGUUUCUCAAUUUUGUUGAUUUGGGUGUUCCAAAGCAAGUAUCAAUGAUUCUGUACAAUGAAUUUCCAAAGAGUUUCUUACUAAGUCACUUAUUUGAAAACGGAUCUAGUAUGCAAUACAAGAUGGCAAUUUCAAUUCCCCUAAUAAAUUUCAAACAAAUACUAAAUGAUGAAUGCUUUUAUAAAGUACAAGAUGUGGGAGAAUUGAAAAUAGUUAUAUUUUGGAUAUUAUCUGAUUUGGAAAAAUCUAUAUCUGAACAGCAUUCGAUAAACUGUAUUAGGGAGCUGAAGUUGCUUCUAGUGAUGUUUGAAAAUAUUGUAUUACAGUCUAGUGCGUCAAUUACAAUAAUUGAAAGACUGUCAAUAUACAUUUCACAAAGUCAUUUGCAUGAGGAAUCAAUUUCCGUGAUUACUGAGUUAUUAAGGAAUGCAUACGCAAUGAAAUAUGACAUUACAUCGAUACUGGUCACAGUAUUUUCACAAGUCCUGACAUAUCUCAAUGAUGGAAAAAAUGAAGCAUCUUAUUUAGUAAAAGAACUAUUGCAAGAAAUGGAAGGUUGGGAUAUAGAGUACUCAACGAUUUGGGAAUAUUGUAGGUUUGUAAUUUAUGGAAACAAAAAAGAAAUUCAGAUUGUACAAUCGAUUGAUAUUUUAGAAAUAUCUCAAUGUGGCAAAUCUGGCCUUACUUUGUUAUCUAUCCUAUUUUCAUAUUCUAAAUUAAAUCCAAUUCAAUUUUCUCCUUUAAAAGAUAAUGUUGCUAACAUAAUUAAGGCAGAUAUACCAAAACACCUUCUCACGAAGCAGUUUCAGUUAUGGGUAGUUAAUUGCCUUACCGAAUAUUAUUUAAGAAAUCAAAGGUGGGAUGAUAUAAUUGAAAAAGAGAAAUAUGAGGACUAUAAACAAAUAUUCGCACAAUUAGGAUCAUUAGAUCAUUUUUAUUCUCUAUUUUUUAGUUACAAAAAUAUUGAAAAUUCUAAUAUGGGCAAUCAUUCCUUUCUUAUAUCAGAAUGUAUCCAAAACGUUCUUAUCUAUGAAUAUGAGAAUUCAGAAAACAGGUUCUGGACUAUUAAUAACGAGCUGUAUUCAAAGUUCAAAGUCUCUAAGUUUUCGAUCAAUAUUGAUUCAUACUCUGUGAUUAUUGGAGGAAAAGAUAAAAUUAUUAGUCUAGAACAUUUUAUCUCAAACAAUUUCUUUUUAGAAGUCAUAAAAUAUGAAGAAUGGAUUUCGAAUUUUACUUCUUCACUAUUAUAUCAUAUUGCAAGUUAUGUGCCACAUAUGGUCAUAUUCAAGGAAUUGUGUUGCAAUGAAAUAAAAUUCUCUGAAACUGUCAUUUCAACCCUUAUAUAUAUAGCGGUAUAUGUUGACGCUAGAAGUGGUGUUAAAUGGGUUUCAAGCCUUCUUUCAAGUCUUGAUAGGAUUCUUUUAACAAUUGACUCCAAAAAGAAGUUGAAUAUAAUGUUUAACAUCUUUAGAAUGGUAAGAACUGGAAAUAGAACUGGCGAGCAAUAUUGUUUUUCUAUUUAUGAAAAUAUUGAUAUCCCUCUUAUCUAUAUGACUGCCAUACGAUCUGGUUUUACCUCUUUGGGUUACAUGUUACUUGAGGAACACUGUAUGUUUCCCGAUAGAGAUCUUGACGUCAAAAAUUUAAAGACGGUAUAUGAAACUUUAAAUGACAUUGAUCUUAUGGCUGGUUUGCCAAUUCCUCAUACUCUAGCGGGAGCAAUUCAAAAUAUUAAUAAAACAUGUCCAUCUGCCUGGAAAAGAUUUUUGUUCAAUAAUGCCCUCUAUGAUUCUACAGUUCAUCACAAUACUCAAGAAAACAUCUAUCCGCUAAUAAAAUCUACUGAAGAUAAUGGAUUUUUUAGCAUGACAGCAUCUUUAAGUAAGAACUUAGAGUUCGAAAAUUUGGAAAAUUCAUAUAAUUGGGCUCUAGAGCUUGGAAAUUGGGAACUGCCAGAACCAAGUCAUAUAUCAGAUAAGAUUUCUGGUUUCUAUUAUUCUUUAAAACGGUUGAAUUAUGAAUCAGGUAAUCCUGUAGGAAAUCUAGAUAAUUCUUUAAUUAAACUUGUGGAUGUGAAAUCGAAUUUUAUUAAUAAAUCUGAAUGGAUGGAUACAAUAGUUGAAUUAUCAUUAUUGAAAAAAAUUUUAUUAGAUACUUCUGCCGGAAGUUGUAUGUCAACCUUAAAAUUUUAUUCGAAUUUAGAUCGAAAUCAAAUUCAUUACCUGAACCAUGAAAAUUAUGAUAGCAAUUUGAAGGUUAGAUAUCUAGUUUCAUCUAUUCUUACCAAGAUCAGCUACAGGAAUAACAAUUCCUCAAUAUGUAAGCAGUUGGAAUUAACAAGUUUGUUCUUUUUAUCAAAUUUAAUUAAAUUUUCUAUUGAGGAAGAAAAUACACAGAUGGCGUUACAAAAUUCUAUAUUACUUGAUGAUCUGGUUAAAGUCAGUAAAUAUGCAACAAAAAAUAUUGAAUAUACAAAAACGAUGCAUGUAGCAAAGGCAUUAUGGGCACUAGAUGAGCGUAAGACUGCUAUAAUGAUGAUGAGAGAUUUGAAAGAAGAAACUCGUGUCAAUGUUAAUCCUAAAGUGAAUGAUAGUUAUGAAUACUUAUUUGAUGUUUCAACGAAUGAAAUCAAUGCAACAUUAGUAAAGUGGACCUCUCAAUCAAGAUACGAAUCAGCAAAAGAUAUUAGUGAAACGUAUGUCAAUGAUAUAAAGUUAUCAAAGGAGGAAUCGAAUUCUCAAACAGAAGUAUUUUAUAUCUUAGGGGAAUUUUUUGAUGAACAAAUUAAUAAACUGAAUGAGGAUGACUAUAUUUCUGAACUGCAAAAUAGAUGCCAAAAUGCAUUAAAUGAGUUACAAACGUUAAAAGCUAUUGCAUCUAAAAAAAAUCUGAAAUCAUUCGAACGCAAAGAUGCUGAAAGGCAAUAUUCAAGAGUUCAUAUACAAUAUAAGAAAGAUAAGGAACUUCUAGAUAACUUAAAGUCACAAUAUGAGAGAUUUCUGGAAAAUGCUUUAAAAAAUUAUAUCAAUGUAUUAACCUACACAACAAAAUAUGAUAAUGAUGUUUUAGAUAAAUUCUGUGGAUUAUGGUUUUCAUAUGAUAGUGAUGAAAAGGUGAAUACAUUAUUAUUAGAAGAAAUACAAAAAGUUCCAAGUUGGAAAUUCUUACCAUGGGUGAAUCAAAUUGCAUCAAAACUGUCUAUGGAUAAUUCAAGUUUUCAAAAGGUAUUGCAACAUACGAUGACUAGAUUGCUAUACAAUUUACCAUAUGAUUCAUUAUAUGCAAUAUUGAGUAUCUCCUUCUAUAAAAUGCAGACAAAAAAUAUGGAUGAGAGCAUUGUACAAAAAGUAAAGGCGGCUGAAAAUAUUUUAAAUGAAUUAAAAUCAUAUGACAACGGGACCUAUUAUCGGAAGAUUGUUGAACCAAUACAAGAAUUCUGUGAAAAAUCGAUUUUACUAUCUAAUACUAAAUUGCAAAGAUCUUCAAAGGUUUAUCUAAAAAGUUUAGAAACCGGGAAAUACUGGUUACAAACUCUACCAUCCCAAUCUCUUCCAUUACCGACGGUUAAAUUUGAGACUUCAAAGAUAAGCAAUGGUGGUUUAGAUAGGCCAUAUAUAACGUCAUUGAAGGAAACUAUUGAAGUGACUUCUACAGGACUGUCACUACCAAAGAUUCUUACAUUUUAUUUAUCUGAUGGUACCAGACAUAAGGUUCUGCUAAAGGGAAGCAAUGAUGACUUAAGACAAGAUGCUAUCAUGGAACAAGUUUUUAAACAAGUGAAUAAAAUACUAAGAGGGGAUUCUGAGAUAAGAAAACAUGAUUUAUCUAUAAGAACAUAUGAAGUUAUUCCCUUGGGUCCAAGAGCUGGUAUUAUUGGAUUUGUUUCUAAUUCGGUAACAUUACAUGCAAUUCUAAAGGAAAAACAUAAACAUGAUGAAAUUCAAUUUGAUCAAGCAAGAGAGCUUAUGGGGAAUGUCCAAACGAAAUCUAAUAAAGAGAGAUUAGAAGUAUACCAAAAAAUAGCAAGAAAAAUCAAACCACAACUUAGAAAUUUCUUCUUCGAUUCCUUCACUGAACCUGAAGAAUGGUUGAAUGCUAAAAGAAAAUAUACCAAAGGUACCGCAGUGAUUUCUAUAAUUGGAUAUAUUUUAGGACUUGGUGACAGGCAUUUAAAUAACAUAUUGAUUGAUUAUGUCACAGGAGAGCCUAUUCAUAUCGAUUUAGGUAUUGCAUUUGAUCAAGGACGUCUUCUGUCAAUACCAGAGACAGUUCCAUUCAGGUUAACCAGAGACAUUGUUGAUGGAUUUGGCGUGACUGGGGUUGAGGGUAUGUUUCGCAGAAGUUGUGAGACAAUUUAUGGUGUUUUACGAAAAGAUCGUGAUAAAGUGUUGCAUGUUAUUAAUAUUUUGAAAUGGGAUCCAUUGUAUUCAUGGGUCAUGUCACCAGUUCGAAAGCAUAAGCAUUUGAUUGAAGAAAAUGGUGAAUUGAUAAAUAAUAUUUCGUUUUCAGAGAACAGUAACAGUAAGAUGCUAGAUGAGAAUCAAGAGGCUAAUAGGGCCAUCAAAGGAGUUGAAGAGAAGUUAAGAAGCAGGUUGAGUAUUGAAGCCACAGUUCAAGAAGUUAUUCAAGAAGCUAGCGAUCCAGCAAAUCUGUCUCUAAUUUUUAAAGGUUGGUCUCCAUUUUAUUAG